AUGGAUCGAGAAAUGAGAUUAAGAGCAUUUAUGGAAGAUUAUACAAGAUUGGUACAACUUUUAGAUAAUGUAAUUACUAUAAACGAAACAUUAAAAAAUAUUGAGCUUAUUGUCGCAAUCCUUGUUAUAGAAGUUAUUGGAUUAACUUUUCUAGCUGUAUUAACAAUUUUUUGUAAAAAAUGUUGUUGUGUUGAUAAUCAUUCAAGUUAUGAUGUUACAACAGGACCAUCAUAUAAAGUAUCAGAAAGUAGAUUACCAUCGUUAGGAAAUGGAACAUUUAAAACAUCAGCUAAAAGUACAUUACUUGACAAUAAUCCUAUUGUAAGUACAAGUAACAUAACUAAAAGAGAAUCAUUUUGUGGUAAUGGUAGUCGUGAGAAGACAUCUAUUCAUUCAACUGGUUCACCAUUAGUACCAUCUCAAACAAUUCCAACAUUUUUUAAAUCAACAUCAAUAACAACACAACAACAACAAUUAACAACAGAUUCUCCAAAACGUUCUUCAAUAGAUAUUAUCAAUAAUUAUUCAUCCUCAAAAUUAUAA